AGGGUCAAAUUGGUAUUUACACAAGUACCAACCCCAUGGUUCUCUGACUCACUCACAUUUCCAGGCUCCAGUUUACAGAGAGCUAUUCUUCGUCCAAAGCUUGCCGUAAGCAACCAAUCAAGCAGGGCCUUCGCAAGAAAUACUGCUAAAAUGGACGGGCACAAUGCGGAAGAUCCUAAGCAGAGCACUGCUGAUAUGACCGCUUUUGUGCAAAAUCUUCUCCAGCAGAUGCAAUCCAGAUUUCAGGCAAUGUCCGAGUCCAUCAUCACAAAGAUAGAUGAGAUGGGAAACAGGAUAGAUGAGUUGGAGCAGAGCAUCAAUGGUCUCAAAGCUGAGAUGGGUGUAGAGGACUCUCCAUCUCCUUCGGCCCCCGUCAAGCAAAAGGAAGAAACCAACACACCCGAUGAUUAAGCUAACUGUGGUGACAUCAUACUUUGUUGAAACGAAUGAAAGGAUCUACAGCAGGAUUCCUUUUCCUUCUUCCUUCUGCUUUUCUUGAUUUAGAAUAUAUAACUAUAAUUUUUUUUUGCUUCUGAGAUUGCAUGAAAUUAAGGCCUUUGAACCUUAUUUUAUGAGUAAUUUAUGGAGCAUGCUCAAUUUUUCUCUUGAAAUGCUUAAGAUCCAGGUCUGUUUGGUUCAGCUUUUUCUUAGGAGCAUAUAUGCUAUGUAAGAGUUUCAAAUGGCUCGAGUGAUAUGAAUCUUCUUUUUUCUUAAAUGGAUUUGUCUUUUUUCUUUGCA